AUGGCCAGUCAAACAAAAAUAAUUAUUGUCACGGCAGACGAAGAUCUCAUUCACCAAAUUGCAUUCAAUACUUCACUCAAAACACAAGUCAUCGAUUUGGACAAUAAGCAGCAAACAACAACAGCAACUACUACUACAGUAAAUCCCAACGGCGAUCAACUCUAUAGAGAUGCACUCGAUCUACCUCAACCGAAGAAACCAAAACCAGCGAAUCAAGCUCGAAAGAAAUCUGUUGAUCUGGUGUGUGCUAUCUGUGGAGAUCGAGCAAUCGGCUUCAACUAUAAUGCUCCGACAUGCAAUUCGUGUAGAGCUUUUUUCCGUCGCAACGCUCAUGAACCAGCGAAUAAGAUUCGAUGUUUGACAGGUCGAGAUGACUGUCAUGUUGGCCAUGAGAUGCGACGAAAAUGCACAUCGUGUCGGCUGAAGAAAUGCUUGCAAAUGGGAAUGCGCAGAGAAUUCGUGUUGAGUAAAGAAAAAGGAAUCGAAAGGCAGAAACAGUUGGAGGAAAAUCGAUGUUUGACAGCGAGGAACGCAUUGCAAUCGUCGUCAAACGGUGAAGACACAACGAAUAGAGUAGACGAGCUGCUAAUGAGCAACAACGAUGGUAUCCUCUCAAAUGAAACGAGUGAGAUGGCAUUUGACACAUUAUCCGUUGAUGACUGGUUAACAAUGCAAAGUGUCCGAGCAUCAUUUACAUCCUAUCUGCAUUUGCCAGGCGUCGAGUGCAUUGAUUAUUUUGAUUUGAGUAAUCGUGGUUCAGCUCUCGUUUCGUGGUCACAGUUUGCCAGCAAAGUCGCGGCACGUCUUAUAUCUUUCUUUCGUCAAAUGGAUGACUUCGAAAACUUACAUCCUGAUGAUCGAUUUGUCCUAAUCAAACCAAUCAACGAUUGUUGUUCAUUUAAUGGAUGUAACAGAGGAGAAAAACACGCUGAGUUCUUCCGAUUGUGUGGAGAAUCGCCCAGUAUACGUCAUGAAUUGAUUACGAUAGUCAUUUCACUGGUACAUCUUACUGAUCAAGAUCCGAUUUUCAUCUCUCUUCUGCUAAUUAGUCUCUUAUUUUCUCGAGGACUAUCUAUGAGCGAAGACGAACCAACACUUCAAAAUCCCAUGAAUGUCAAUCAAGUCCACUUGCGUUAUACUGGCCUCUUGUGGAAGUAUUUGGCAAAUAAACAUGGCGAACAAAAAGCACAGAAACAAUUUAUUAAUCUGCUUCAAAUUAUCUUUCAAUUACAAAUGCUCGCCAGAAAAACCCGAAAUAUUUUACACACGCAAUUGACAAUCUCAAACACGGUGGAUAAAAUUGCACCAUUAAUGCAAGCUGUUCUUCACAUCUCUUGA